GAGGUUAGAAUGGAAUGAAAGUCCUUCUUUGCUGAGGGGUCUUCCACUGUACCUUGGUUACAGAAAUUCCUACUGGUGGGUAGGAGAGAUAUGAUGGGCGGGUAGGAUGCUUAUCUUGCAUGCAGCUGACCUUGGUUUGAUUCUCACUGUUACCUAUGGUCCCUGAAGCCUGCUAAGGUUAUUCCCUGAGCACAGAGCCAGGAGACAGCCCUGAACAUCACUGGGCGUAGCUGAAAAACAAACAAACAAAAAAACAAGAAAAGAAAGAGAAAUGCUCAUUGAUUGAAUCAGCCAGAUGAAUCACCUGCCUCUGAGUACCAUCUUCAUAGCUGAUAACCCUGGGAGAAUGCCCUGGAAGGUCUGGAGGAAAUUCCAGGCUCUCAAAAUGGGACACAAAGUAGUUGUAUUCGACAUUUCUGGUGUCAGAACCUUGUGGGAAACUCGUGUCAAGAAGCACAAAGCUUGGCAGAAGAAGGAAGCAGAAAGGCUUGAGAAAAGUGCCUUGGAAAAGAUAAAGGAGGAGUGGAACUUUGUGGCCGAGUGCAGGAAGAAAGGCAUUGUCCCUGCGGUCUAUGGCAAGGAUGGCCUCACCGACACCAACGCCAGGCUUCUGGAAAAGAUGGAGAGGAAUGCGCUCAUGCGGCCCGGCUCGCUUUCCAAGGAGAAAGGGAAAGGGCGCAGUUCGUUUGUGUUUGAACUGUCGGGGCAGCAAUGGACGGAACUCCCGGAGUCACUGAAGGAGCAGACGCAUCUGAAAGAGUGGUACAUCAAUAAUACCCUGAUCCAGACCAUUCCCACCUACAUCAAGCUGUUUGAAGCGAUGAGAAUCCUGGAUCUGCCCCAUAACCAACUGUCAUAUCUCCCAGCUGAAAUCGGUUGUUUGAAGAAUCUAAGAGAACUCAAUGUGAGUUUCAACCAUCUGAAGAACAUUCCACCAGAACUGGGAGACUGUGAAAAUCUAGAGAAACUGGAUUGUUCUGGAAAUAUAGAAUUAACUGAGCUUCCCUUUGAAUUAAGUAAUUUGAAGCAAGUUACGUUCAUAGAUAUUUCAGCGAACAAGUUUCCCAGUGUCCCGGUCUGUGUCCUGCGGAUGACUAAUUUGCAGUGGUUGGAUAUCAGCAACAAUAGCCUGAAUGACCUGCCGCAAGAUAUAGACAGGCUACAAGAGCUGCAGACCUUUCUCUUGUAUAAGAACAAGCUGACCUACCUUCCUGCGGCCUUGCUUAAUUUGAAGAAGCUCACCUUGCUGGUUGUCAGUGGGGACCAUUUGGUGGAGCUCCCCACGACCCUCUGUGACUCAUCCACACCUUUAAAAUUUGUAAGCCUUAUGGACAAUCCUAUUGAUAAUACUCAGUGUCAAGAUGAUGACCAAACAAUGGAAAGUGAACAGGAUCGCCAACAUUUUGAUAAAGAAUUUAUGAAAGCCUAUAUUGAAGAUGUUAAAGAACGAGAAUCUGUUCCCAGCUAUACUACCAAGGUGUCUUUUAGCCUCCAACUUUGAUAUCCUCCCAUCAGAAAUUUGCACCACCUCCUUAUCCUGCAGAUUUAUAAAAUUUGGAUUGUGGGCCAUGACCUAUCGAAACAAUGACUUGUGUUUAAAGACAAAAUCUAUAAACUACAAUCAUAAUGUUUUAAAAAACAAUCAUCAAAAUUUAAAUAUGAACAACUUGCUGAGGGAAGAUUGGAGGAUUGAUAAAUUAGUUUAUAUAUUGAUACAUAAGCAUUCAUUUGCAUCCAUUGUUUCCAAAUAAUGCACAUUUAAUAUUUUAGAAAGUACAUUAUUUAAAAAAAUUAAAACCUAAUGACCAAAUUAUGAAGCUGAUUGCUUUAUUUUCAGGAAUCAAAGGGCAAAAGGGCUGUGAGAAGAGUAUUCAUACUGGACUAGUGUGAAGAAAACUUAUUUAAUUUUCUCAUUUUUGAAAUAAUUUAUUAUUUUUGAAUAAUUUAAUUAUUCUUCUUGAGAAUAAUUUCCCUGGGGUUUUAUACAAACUUCUUUCCCAUAUGUUUCAUGUAUAUUUUACAAAUAUAGACUGACAAGAGAGACUUCAAGUAGAACCUGUGGGGGAUUCACAGGGCUGGACUGUUUGUUCACGCACUGGAGAUGGGAUGCUCAGAGAGUAUGCUUGCAGCCCUCAGGUAGGAAGUGUGGGCCCAGCUUGUCAUGGGACGUUUUGCAUGGCCUGCACAAAAGGCCAGCCUACUCUUAGAGCCCUUUCCUGGGACUCAGAGCUCUGCUCUGCAAAGAGCAGAUGUGAUGCCCUCAGAGCUCUUCUCUUCUUAAAGUAGACCCUAUCAGAUAGCACUGAUGAGGAGUGCCCAACAAGGCCUCCUGCUGGUUUCCAUAGACCUCUGCCCAUGGCCAAAACACUGUGGUCCAGAGGGAGCACGUGAGGCUGUUUUAUGUUUGCAAGGAAUGGAUUCAUUAUAGGGUUUUCUACUCUUUUAUCACAUAAUAGGAUUUGGAGAAAAUGUAUAAAUUUCUAUUUUUUCUAGCAUUGUCUUGGACAAAAAUUAACAGAUCAUGAUUGUUUUGAAAAUAAACCUAAACAGGUAAUGCUUGUAAUGGGAAUGUAUAUAUUUAUCUAUACAUUUAUGCAUGUAUUGAUUUUUUUUGUGGGGGGGAGUCACACCCACUGGUUUUCAGGGAUUAUUCCUGGCUCUGUGCUUAGGAAACACUCCUGGUAGGUACUGGGAAUUGAAUCCAGGUUGGACCUCUGCAAACAUCCUACCUGUUGUAGUAUCUCCCUGUCCCCAAGUAUGUAUUGAUUUUUAAGUGGAUUCACCCAGUUAUAUCUAAUAGGACUUUAUGCAGUGAUGAAAAUGUUCUCUGCCUGGGCUAUUUAGGGUAAUCACUAGAUACCUGUGUUUCUUGAACUUUGAACCAUGACUGGUGUGACUGAAACACUGGGGUUUUCAUUAAUUUAAAUUAAAACAGGUGGCUACUACAUUGAACAUUAUGAGUCUAGCUAACUGGAUUUUGGAGAGGCUAAUCUGGGCUAUUAAUGGAAGGUAAAGAAUUAGGUAAAGAAUUGUAAAUCUUUAGAGGCAAUAUUUGCAAAAGUUUACAGUUGAUGCCUCAAUAUUUUGUCUUAAUAAACAAAUAGACUUCCAAAUACUUUAGUAGAUGUAAAACAGGCAGAAGGUUCUACAACACAUAGCAAUGCUUUGGUUUAGGAUUGCCUCAAUGUAAAAAAAAUCUCUGAGAAGAGUGUUAGGAGAUAAAAAGAGGUCUGGGAGAUAGCUCAAAGGCCUGGAUUGCAUAUGCAGAAGACUGGGCUCGUCCCAACUACCAAGUACCACUGUGACUCCCUGAGGAUCACCAUGACUCCCUGAGUAUCAGUGGGAGUACUGAACCAACAGUAGCUCCCAAGUGCUGUUGGGUGUGGCCCCCAAAACAAAAAAAUAAAAUAAUUAAAUUCAAAAAAUUACAAUUUUCCAUUAAACUUUUAAAAAUGUAAUUUAAAUAUAAUAUUUAUAUUACUUGAAUAACUUUUGGAAAUUUAUUUUGUGCCAAAGUUUGUUACUUACAGUCAAAUAGAAACAUAUAUUUGAAAAGGGAUGUAUGGGGAAUUUUACACAAUUCAACUGUCUAUGACAUAAAGUUUAUUUUAAUAAAGCAAGUUCUUUGUUCAAGUA